AUGCCAGAUAACUGUUCAGAUAAACACAAGGUAUCUCAAGCUCCUAGCGGCCCAUAUUCGUUUUCUGAGUAUGUGGGAGUCGUGACUGACGAACGUGGGAUCGUCCCCAGUAUGAAUGUGGAAUGGAGUUUAGAGUCAAAUGGAGGUGUAUUACACCUGUCUGGGUCAGAGAUAAAUAUUCGGGAUGAAAAAAGUAAUCAGAGUGUAUGUGUGCGGUUUUCUUUCAAUAUCAGUAAACAGCUUAAUCCAAGCUAUGAGAGGUGGAACUUUUCCUUGGAUGGAGUUGUGGUCGAGCCUGAUCAUACAUACGCAGUGUCAGUUGUUAAUUUGCCAGAACCCAAGAGUAAAGACCUCACUAUGAGAAAGAUCAUUAUUAUCCCAGGAUGUGGUGACAGCAGAAUCCAAACGGCUCAAAUGUGUAUCGAAAAUGGUAGUCUAUGGAAGCCUCACAUGACCCCAGCCAUGUAUUUCGAUGAGGAAAAGAAAAAGUUGUUUGUCGUUGUGGGUUUUGAGGCAGCAGAGUAUUCAGAGAGAUACCAAGUCUCCAUCCAGAGCCAGACUUCCCAUUAUUCACACAAUGUCUCAAAGGAGAACAGAACAUCACUAAACGUGACCUUUGCAUUUGGUUUUGGGCAGCUCCCAAAGUGUGACAUGUUGUUAUCGAUUCAACCCUUUUUUAUACGAUGCAAAAACAGCUGUCAACGCCACGAGAUAACAAUCAAAGACUGUCCUUAUUCUUCACCACGGACGUUCAUCAUAAAGGCAGUGGUGGGCCUGUUUGUCAUUGCGCUUUUCUUUUUUUACUUCCUGUGGAGAGCAUGUCAUAAAGGUUCCCUGAACACAUCCUCAUCUGCUGCCAGACACCAGCCAGAGGGUUUUCAAAUGCAAGAGAGAAAACGAGUCCUGGUCCUCUACUCUCUCGACCACCCCUUGUACAAAAACAUCGUUCUCAAGCUGUGUGGCUUCCUUGCAGCCAAAUGCGGCACAGAAGUGGUGCUGGAUCUGCUGGACUCUGCCAGACUGGGAGCACUGGGAAGGAUUCAGUGGUUGGACUGGCACAGAGAGCAAAUUGAAAACUCCUCAGAUAAGAUACUAAUCCUGUGCUCAAGAGGGGUACAGGCCAAAUGGAGAGCCAUGUGUGGAGACAAACAGGUUAUUCUGAGGGAGGACGUCCACUCACCUGUAGGCGACAUGCUCACUCCAGCCCUCUGCCUCCUGGUGCCACAUUUCAUCAGAUCUGCAUCCUAUGAAAAAUACUUGGUGGCUUAUUUCGAUCAUGUUUGUUCAGAGGAGGACGUCCCUUCACCUUUCAACAUCGCAGUGAGGUACAAGCUGAUGAAACAGUUCGAGGAACUGUUUUUUAGGAUCCUGGACACUGAGAAGCAUGAACCAGGCAGAAUGAACCACAUCGAAGGGCUUUCCGAGGACGUGUACCAUCAGUGCCCCUCGGGUAGAGCCCUGCAGGAUGCCAUAGAGGCUUUCCAUGCACAUCAGCUGGAGCAUCCACACUGGUUUGAAGAAGAAUCACUGGAGAGCUCAGAGCUGCAGGCUGAUGAGUCCCACAUGACCAAGCAGCCUGACAGAUCUCACUCCUUACCUGACUCCACCAAAGUCAUCAGCCAUGUAAAGACCUGUGACACUGAUUUCACUGCUAACAGAAUGGCACUCAAAGGACCCGAGCAGCUGUUUAUGUGCUCAGUUGAGUUCAGAUCUUACUGUUGA